AUUUAGUCUUUUGAAGUCUAGAGAUGCCCAUAGCUGCAUAGAACCUCUAAUUAGUAACUUCCCUUUAAAAUUAUCGAACCACUUGAUGACUUGUGUGGAGUGGUUGAGGUUGACCCAAUAGAGAAAAGAAAAGCGCAAAGCGGAAGUAGACAAAGUUUAACACGUACUUAAAAUACCUUUUUAUACGCUUACAGGAUUCGUCCUUUCUUCUUUGAAUCCCCCCAUAACUCUACUCUUCCUCAAGAUUCCUUCACCAUCUCCACCCUCCGCCUCCCUCAAUCUCUAUUUCUUUGACUUCUUUGGUCCCAUCUGUUUAAAGAGUAUCUCCUUCAUCGGUCACGAAGAUAUGGGUGGUGAUGAGCAAACUCUGGUGGAGAUCUUAGAGGAGCACAUCCCAAUUGAUUUCUCCAAAUACAUUAAUUAUGUCAGUGCUCCACAAGCUGGUGCCAUAGCAACAUUUUCUGGUACAACAAGGGACACUUUUGAUGGCAAAGAUGUUGUGGAGCUGAGAUAUGAAGCAUAUGUGCCAAUGGCUCUGAAAUGUGUCAAGACUAUAUGCUCAUCUGCAAGAUCAUCCUGGAAUCUCCAUUCCAUGGCGGUUGCUCAUCGCCUUGGCCCAGUUCCUGUCGGUGAAACGAGUGUCUUCAUUGCAGUGUCAUCAGUUCACAGAGCAGAUGCAUUGGAUGCUUGUAAGUAUGUGAUUGAUGAGGUGAAGGCAUCGGUUCCUAUUUGGAAGAAAGAGGUUUAUUCAAAUGGAGAGGUUUGGAAGGAGAAUUCCGAGUUCUUGGAAAGAAGAUUGUUUGGGAAUGAGGAUGAUGGGAGCUGUUCUGUUAAAGAAGUUGAGGUUCAUAGGCAUGAGAGAAAGAAGGGGUGUUGUGGUGCUAAGGUGAAGGUUAUUGAUGAAAGUGGAAAUGAUGAUGAGAAGAGGUGCUUUGUUAAAGAUGUUGAGGUUAAUAGAAUAUGAGAAAGAAAAAAGUGUAGGUGAAAUUCCCUUUAUUUUUUCUUUAAUAAGAAGGGCUCAAAAGUUGAAAAAAUUUCUUUUGUUAAUCUGCAAUAACUGUGCUGCUUCUGCAAACUGGGCUUUCCUUUUAUUUCUUCUGGCUUUGCUGAUAAAUUAUUGUCUUUUUAAAUCAUCAUAAGCAAUUUAUUGGUAUUUUUGGGAAAAAGUGAGGUUGAGAGAAAGAUAAAAUGUUGUCAUUACUUUAUAUACACAAACAAAUAUGCAACAACAAAAACAAACAAUAGAUGUCAUUUCUUUGUUUUUAACAAAAUAGGUCACAAUAAUAUUGGUCCUGGUAAUAAUACUACUUACUAAGAAGCCAAGCUAUAAUAAAAUAGCCACAACUCUUUUACGGAUCAUAACAGCAAAAUAAUCUCUCACUAAUAUUGGCCACAAUAAUAUUGGUCAUGAUAAUAAUACUACUAACUAAGCCAAGCUAUAUAAAGAAAUAGCCACAACUCUGUUACUGAUCUGAUGAUGAUUCAGCCAGAAGUUCUUUGGCUGGAGAAUAAAGUGCAACAGCACCAGACUUUAUACUCGAGUAUUUCUUGAACACUGCCUUCAGCUUACUCUCUGCUGCACCUGAAUGAAAGCCCACCAACAGCUUUGCACAAUCACUGUUCAAAUAUACACAAAAACAUCAGAUUUACCAUUUUGUAUUCAGCUAGGUAGUUGAAGGAGAAAAA